AUGAUGCUGAAACGUCGAUCGACCGAAAACUCAAUUGAGGUCUGGACAUCAUUGGGACUCAUCGAGUCCUCACCGAAACGUCGAUCGACCGAGGACUCAACUGAGGAUUCACUGAGUCUUAGUCAUCAUUGGGACUCAUCGAGUCAUCACCGAAAUGUCGAUCGACUGAGGUCUGGUGAUCAUUGGGACUCAUCAAGUCCUCACCAAAACUUAUCAUCGGGACUCGUCAAGUCUCCACCAAAACUUCGAUUGACCGAGGACUCAACUGAGGUCUUUGUCAUCAUUGGGACUCGUCGAGUUCCCACCGAAACGUCGAUCUACCGAGGACUCAAACGAGGUCUUGGGCAUCAUUGGGACUCGUCGAGACUCAACUUAAGUUUGGGCAUCAUUAGGACUCAUCGAGUCCUCACCGAAACGUCGAUUUACCAAGAACUCAAACGAGGUCUUGGGCAUCAUUGGGACUCGUCGA